AUGACCAUCGAUUGCCUCGUGCUAGGGGCGGGGCAGGAGGUGGGGAAGAGCUGCGUGGUGGUGACCAUCGGCGGGAAGCGUGUCAUGUUCGACUGCGGCAUGCACAUGGGCCACCACGAUCGCCAACGGUACCCGGACUUCGCACGCAUCCUUGCCGCCACCCCCGGCGCCGACUUCACCUCUGCCAUCUCUUGUGUGGUCAUCACGCACUUCCAUUUGGAUCAUAUUGGGGCGCUGCCGUAUUUCACCGAGGUCUGUGGGUACCAUGGUCCGAUUUACAUGACGUACCCCACAAAGGCUUUAGCUCCAUUGAUGCUGGAAGAUUAUAGGAAAGUAAUGGUAGAUCACAGAGGAGAGGAGGAACAGUAUAGCUAUGAAGACAUUCAGAACUGUAUGAAGAAAGUCAUACCCUUGGACUUGAAGCAAACCAUUCAAGUAGAUAGAGACCUUGUGAUCCGUGCCUAUUAUGCUGGACAUUAUUGUGCCAAACUUAAGGUUUUGGGAGCUGCAAUGAUUUAUGCAAAAGUUGGAGAUGCUGCUAUGGUCUACACCGGGGAUUACAAUAUGACACCAGACAGACAUCUUGGAGCAGCGCAAAUUGAUCAUCUGAAGUUGGAUCUCUUAAUAACGGAGUCUACAUACGCUAAAACUGUACGUGACUCAAAGCAUGCCCGUGAGAGGGAGUUCUUAAAAGCGGUCCAUAAAUGUGUUUCUGGAGGAGGUAAAGUUCUGAUUCCAGCAUUUGCUUUGGGCAGAGCUCAGGAGCUAUGCAUAUUGCUGGAUGACUAUUGGGAAAGGAUGAACUUGAAGAUUCCUAUUUAUUUCUCAGCUGGUUUAACCAUUCAAGCUAACAUGUACUACAAGAUGCUUAUUGGAUGGACUAGCCAGAAGAUCAAGGACAGCUACACAGUUCACAACCCAUUUGACUUUAAGCAUGUUUGCGACUUCCAGCGUUCAUUCAUUAAUGAUCCUGGACCCUGUGUACUUUUUGCGACACCUGGUAUGAUUAGCGGUGGAUUUUCCCUUGAGGUGUUUAAAAGAUGGGCUCCAUCAGAAAAAAAUCUGGUUACACUUCCAGGGUCUACCCUGCCUUCUGCUUUAGCGAAUUAUCGAAAAACGUCUUACAUUUCGGGACGGAGGGAAUAUUGUGUUGCCGGAACCAUUGGCCAUAAAUUGAUGUCUGGAAAACCAACCAGAAUCGAUUUAGACAAGGAAACACAUAUUGAUGUCAGAUGUCAGAUUCAUCAGCUGUCAUUCAGUCCUCACACAGACUCCAAAGGGAUCAUGGAUCUCACAGAAUUUCUUUCACCCAGCCAUGUGAUUCUUGUUCAUGGUGAAAAGCCUCAGAUGUCCUUUUUGAAGGAGAGGAUUGAAUCUGAAUUGGGGAUGCCAUGCUAUUACCCAGCUAACAACGAGACUGUCUCCAUUCCGAUGACCAAGAAUCUAAAAAUAAGCGCCACGGAGAAGUUUAUCACAAGCUGUAGCACUGCUCAGGCUAGAGAUAGUCCACAGAAGUCGAACCUGAUUUGUGGUAACCACCUGUCAGGAGCCAACGGUGACGAGAAGCUAGCGGAGGGCAUUCUUCUGAUGGAGAAGAGCAAGGACGCGAAAAUUUUGUGCGAGGAUGAGCUUCUUCAGUUGCUGGGCGCAGAAGGACAUUCAGUCCAAUUUGAACCACUGCUUCGCUCCAGGAUUGGAGAGGCAGAAACCGACAUUGUAGAUAAUUUAGCCAGUGAGUGA